AUGGCGAAGCAUUCAGUGGCAAUUUCAAAGAAAAAAUGGCCGCUAAUGUUACUAGCCUUCUUGUCCGUUUCAACGGUGACGGUGCUAUUCAUCAGAAACAAUUCCGAUUCAUGUAACACCAAGAUCUUCGAAGCGGAAAAGAGUCAGAUUCACUCCGGCGGCGGUGGAUACGGUGGAAAUGUUGUGUCGGGUGUGAGUCCGUUGGAUUUCAUGAAGUCUAAGGUUGUUCUGAUGGUUUCGCAUGAGUUGUCGCUUUCGGGUGGGCCUUUGCUUUUGAUGGAAUUGGCGUUUCUUUUGAGAGGGGUUGGGUCUGAGGUUGUUUGGGUUACGAAUCAGUAUCCGGAUGAACGUGAUCAGGUUAUUUAUAGUUUGGAAAGUAAAAUGUUGGAUAGAGGAGUUCAGGUCAUGCCCGCCAAAGGUGAAAAGGCUGUAGAUACAGCUCUUAAAGCUGAUCUGGUCAUUCUAAAUACUGCUGUCGCUGGAAAGUGGCUGGAUGCCGUCUUGAAGGAAAAAGUUACCCUCGUUCUUCCUAAGGUUUUAUGGUGGAUUCAUGAAAUGCGAGGCCAUUAUUUCAAAGUGGAAUAUGUUAAGCACCUCCCUUUUGUUGCAGGUGCCAUGAUUGAUUCACAUACAACUGCAGAGUACUGGAAAAAUAGGACUAGGGAGCGUUUAGGAAUUAAAAUGCCUGAAACUUAUGUCGUACAUCUUGGAAAUAGCAAGGAGCUUAUGGAAGUUGCCGAAGAUAGUGUAGCAAAGAGGGUUCUUCGUGAGCAUGUUAGGGAGUCUCUAGGAGUAAGAAAUGAUGAUCUACUUUUUGCCAUCAUAAAUAGUGUUUCACGCGGUAAAGGACAAGAUCUAUUUCUUCGUGCCUUUCAUGAAAGUUUGCAGCUCAUUCAGGAGAAGAAACUCCAGUUGCCAUCUUUGCAUGCUAUAGUUGUAGGGAGUGAUAUGAAUGCUCAGACAAAGUUUGAAAUGGAACUGCGCAAAUUUGUUACAGAGAAAAAGAUUCAGGACCGCAUUCACUUUGUUAACAAAACUCUGGCCGUGUCUCCUUACUUGGCUUCUAUUGAUGUUCUUGUUCAGAAUUCUCAGGCACGGGGAGAAUGUUUCGGAAGGAUAACCAUCGAAGCAAUGGCAUUUCGCCUGCCAGUACUGGGCACGGCAGCUGGAGGCACUGUGGAGAUCGUGGUAAAUGGGACAACCGGUUUGCUCCAUCCUGCCAACAAGGUAGGCGUAACACCACUUGCGCAUAACAUUGUGAAAUUGGCAACUCAUGUUGAGAAGAGGCUCACUAUGGGAAAGAAAGGAUACGAGAGAGUGAAAGAAAGGUUUCUAGAGCAUCAUAUGUCACAGAGAAUUGCAGUGGUUCUGAAAGAAGUUUUAGAGAAGGCAAAGCACAGUUAA